CUCAAACAAACAAUUGCAAAGCGCGACGUCGAAGCGUCCGGCGCACUCUGCGGCACGUCAGUACUUUCACGGCACGCAGCACAAAGGCGUGCGCCUGCGUAACUUAGACGGUACGGCUCUGUGCGCACACAAAAUCACCAUAGCAUAAGCACAGCAGCCUAACACAAAUGGACACCCCAGCAUCGGUCGCAGUCCGCACCGCCUUCGGUACCCGUGACAUCGCGCAGCGCGUCGUUGAGUUCCUGCCGUUCGAAGAGGUCUGCGGGACGCGGAGCUUGCACGUCGGUCGCGGUCGCUUCGAGUCGCGGGUCGGUCGCUACUUCGGACGGCUGGGCGUCAAGGCCGCGUGUCGCGGGCUGCGGAACGCGGCGCGGCGGGCGUUGACGCGCGGUCGCUGGCGGCCGGUUUGCCGCCUGGCGCACGAGGGCGUCGCGCUCGUGCGGGAGUUCGCGCACAAGACCCCUCGGUCGUGCCCGACGCUGCUGACCGAUGCGUGGGCCCGCGACCGCGGAGCCGUCAUGCUCACGCUCAUGGCGGACCCGGUGUUCGAAGAGGCGACGUGGAUCCAUUCUAUUUUUGGUAGAGAGCGGCCACCAAUCAGUCUCGGCAGCCGAUUUCUCCAGCUCGUCGAGCGCACCGCUUCCAUUUCGCCGAGUAGAGCCCUCAGCCGAGAUUCAAGCGGCUUUAUGCGGAUUAUGGAGGCGUGUGAAUACGCAUUUAGGACUCUGAGAAGUGGCGAUCUCUUGCUCAAAUUGCUGUUCGGCUGGCUGCAAUGGAGGACAUCUUCCAACCCGCACAUGUUUUGGGGUCCUCCAGAUUAUGGGGGAGAUUAUAGGUCCCAAGAAUUUUGUCCGGAUAUCGCAGAGCCGCUCGGCGCCGCGCUUGAAGCCUGGACGAAUCCGAUACGCGCUGCGCAGUUCGUGGUCGCCUGCUGGUCCUGCCGUGAAGUGUGGGACAAAUUUCAGCCCCGUUGCUCGGCCCCCAAUCUCCUCAUCGACUGGGUGGCCUGGUUCUCGAGGCUGCGUUGGACGGAUCGCGCGAAGGCACGCAUCUUCGCCGACCACCUUCAUGGCGUUGCCAAGGAAGUUCUCCGCAACGAGCCUGACCAAGAUGACGAGGAGUAUUGGGGGGGAUAGUUGUGAUAAGACAUGAAUUAGAAU